UAUUUCAUCUCGCAUGCGCUGUAAGUCCUUUUUUCUGUCUUUACAGUCCGUAUGAAUUUGCCCAAAUGCCGCUGCGUUUUAAUAAGCACCAUGUUUGUCACACAAGUCAACUUGUGCACAAUUGUUGGACUCUAUAAAUCCAAAAAGAACAUAAAUGUUGUUGUAUUUCCGCCUCUUACAUACUGGUACGGAGGAUCCGGUUGGCACAGACUUAUGUUGCAUCACAUCUCCGUUGCUGCAUGCUCAGAAGGCACAUUGGCUGGCCCAACUACUACUACAUCUGAAUUCGACGAAGAGUAUCCCUGUGAAACAUUUAGCAGUAUUCCAUUCUUCAUUUCAUGGUCCCUGUUGAUGUUACAUGUCUAACUACAACAAUAGAGAUAAAAGAUUAAACACAAGAGUCCAAAACACACCAGGAAUUUGGUUACUAUGAUAGGUUGUACUUUGAAAGAAGUAUUGUAGUGAACGAAAGUGCCACCCUUUUGUAACGUCGUUGAUGUAGUUUCCCUUGAGUUCGCAUACUCGGCUGAGCACACUC